AAGCAAGAUGUCGAAGGUUGCGUUGAUGGUUUUUGGAGGAUGUGUGUUUUUUGGAUUACUCAAGCUAGUCGUCUCAGUUCCACCACAUGUUGAAGAAGGAGACUUGCGAAUGGCUGAGGCUGCACCGGAGGAAAAUCAAGAAGAAGAGAGAAUAGGAGCUGGGGCAAACACGGUAUCAUUCGCAGCCGGCUUACUCAGGCCCAGACACAAUGCGAUGUCUGCACCAACCCCAAAUCCUAUCCACCUAACCGAGUGCUAUGUGUGCACAGAUUGUCCAAAAGUUCUCACCAAUACCACUUCUAAAGUGUGCCCGUUCACCCUGGAUUCUGCCAAGCGAGGGAAGUGUGUUGUCUACGCGGAGCAAUACAAACAUAUGAAGAGACCAUGGUACAUAAGAGGUUGUGCUUCAGAAAGGGGCACUUGCACUGACAUAAAGAAAGCACAUUCGUCUCACGCAGAUAUCGUGACUUUAGUCCUAUGUAAUGAGUGUGAAGGAGAUAGAUGUAAUACAAACGGUGCAAGUCGAUCCAUUACCGACAUAACCAUGGCAUUCUUUGCUAUGGUGGUUACGCCAUUGGUUGCGAAAUACACGCUCUCCUAAAGUGGCUUUGUUGUUAACAGAAAAAGUCUCGGAAUAAUAAUUUCAAAGUACUUAAUUAUCAUGGCUGUGAGAAAUCUAUAUCACACAUAUUAGAAAACGAUUACCUGUAUACAAUAUACCUUCAUCUAUCACAUCUAUGUACCCCCAGAUUCCUGAAUGUUUAAUGAGUUAUGAUCUAAGUACAAUUACUUCAUUACACACUUUUCUAAAUAGAUUUCUGGCGGGUAAAACCCUUUGUAAUGAUAUUUUAACAAGAACUAUGAAAUUAUAGCUCCUAGAUAUUUUCUCAGGUCAUAGAGCAGUUUUCAAGGACCAAGCAAUAACGAUACUUUUUUAUGCAAACAACUGAAAUCAUACCUAAUUCAAAUCAUAACCUACCCUUACCUAUUACUUGAAGCCAACAUGGCAUUAAGUAAUAGUGUAGAUACAGAAUAAACUUAUGAUGCCUUAAAACAAGUUAUUUUCCUAAAGCAAUAAAUUUAAAAGAUAGUUUUUUUUAAGUAUACCAUAAAUAAAAACCUUUUAUAUGUUAUAAUUACCCAACAGGAUUUAUAAAACAUUUGAACUAAGUGAUAGACUACCACAGAUGUCUUCAGAUAAAUUUGGCUGUAUUGGAACAUACUUUAUUUCCACGUGUUUAGUGUGGACAUGUCAUUCUUGGUAAUGAAGAAACUUUUGAAGAACUUUUGUUACCUUUUUUAACACGCUUUUAUUAGCUUCACCUGUAUGU